AUGAGAGCAUUGACGAAGUAUGCUCCCAGACACGCUUCGUCAUUACGUGACUGGAAACACAUCUCCAACUUGACCUUAGCGGAUGACGAUCCGACUGGAUCAACUCCUAUUGACCUCAUUAUUGGAGCUGAUUUGUAUAGCAAGGUUCUUGUCAAUAUACGCAAUGGACCCAUAGGUCAACCAGACGCUAUACAAUCGCAUUUCGGGUGGAUUCUAUCUGGACCUACGUCAAUCCCUAAUCAUGUCAUACAAAACACCCAUGUAGUCGGCUCUACUUUGGUUUCAUCGCAUGUCGGAGCCCAACCUCAAGGCUCACCAUUACCCAGUUCACAACAAAGGUAUCAUGCAGUUGCUCACUGCUGCUCCUUGGAACGGCAAUUAUCUCAUAGAGUAGCCGAAAUUCAGACACGAUUACCAACCGGUAGUUGGCAUCACGUAAACACCAGUGAAAACCCCGCAGACUGUGCUUCGCGCGGAUUACUCGGCCGAGAUUUGAUAUCCAUCAACCUAUGGUGGCAUGGGCCGUCAUGGUUGCAUCUUCAUUCUGAUGAGUGGCCUCAUCAAAUUCUAUCAGAGCACCACGAAACUCAGUUGGAACUGAAGGCAUGUGAAGCUCAUCAAAACAGUACUCGUGAAGACUGGAGUCUUGCUGCACGGUAUUCAUGGUGGCCAAAAUUGAUACGCGUCACUGCAUAUAUAUACCGAUUCAUAAACAAAUGUCAACGGAAGCACGCGGCAGAUCACAAAGAUCACGUCCGGUCCCACGCCAUUACAGCAUUUGAGUACAUGCAGUCUCGUAACUUUUGGUUGCAUAUGAUUCAAGCAGAGGUGUUCAAGCAAGAACUUUACUUACUCAAGUCAAACAAGAGGUUAUCAAGAAACAGCGCUCUGAUAUCAUUAAAUCCAUUCCUAGACGCAAAUGGUCUACUCCGCGUUGGCGGAAGAUUGGAGCAUUCUCAUCUACCAUUUCAAUCCAAACAUCCAGUUCUACUAGCUGAUCAUCCAAUUACUACAAUGCUCAUUCGCUACACGCACAUAGCCUCGCUGCACGCCGGUCUUCAGUCUACCCUGUCUAAAAUUCGCCAAGAAUUUUGGAUUAUAAAAUCUAGGCCUUUAGUUAAAUCAGUUAUCUACAGGUGCGUUCGAUGCACGCGAGAAAGAGCUCAGGUAGCCAAUCAGUUAAUGGGUCAACUCCCAUCAACUCGAGUCUCAACGCCAACGAGGGCGUUUUUGCACAGCGGCAUCGAUUAUGCCGGUCCAGUGCUCAUUCGAGCCUCUGCUGGUCGAGGAAUCACCUCACGAAAGGCUUACAUAGCCGUUUUCAUAUGUUUGGCAACUCGAGCCAUUCAUCUCGAGUUGGUCAGCGAUUAUUCAACGCCAGCAUUUUUGAACGCAUUUCAACGAUUUUGCGCCAGACGAGGCUUGCCAGCAGUUAUGUAUUCGGAUAACGGUACAACAUUCACAGGAGCCGAUAAAGAGCUAUCCCGCGCGUAUCGGGAUGCUCAACGCAAUACGGAUUUUCUCAAUUUAAUCGCAACAGAUAGGAUCACUUGGAGUUUCAUCCCGCCUCAUGCUCCUCAUUUUGGAGGACUAUGGGAGGCAGGAGUGAAGAGUGUCAAACACCACCUUCGUCGAAUUGUAAGCUCACACGCAUUGACAUUUGAGGAGUUCACGACAGUGUUGUGCAAAAUUGAGGCUAUCCUCAACUCAAGGCCGCUUUCUCCACUCAAUGAUACUCCAGAUGACUACGAGUUCCUGACCCCAGGUCACCUUUUGAUUGGGACUGCCAUUACUACGAAUCCGGAACCUUCCGUUCUACAAUUGAACGAAAACAGAUUGUCGCGAUGGACAAGUCAAGUCCUUCGUAGAUUAGUUAAGGCGGGCGGCGCUCAAUAUCCUUGA